UGUUUCUGUGCGCGAGCUAAUGGUUUGUGCGUGUGUGCGUGCACAUAUGGCCAUCACACGAGCUUUAGCUGGUGUUUGUACAGUUUCUUUGUCUGCCCCAGUGAUUAGCAGCGAUGCGCGGUUAAUACGAGCCAGUGAGCAACAGAACUAGCGGGACUCGUCCUUCCUCUCCUCGCGUCUCCUCUCCUCUCCUCCCGGUGUGAGAAGGCAAAAGAAUGAUCGCAUCGUUAUCUAAAGGAAAUUUACUCGAUGUGCUGCAGGAGGGAUUCAAUGAGCAACAACUGGUGGCAUAUGUGUCUUGGGUGAACGCUCAGCUGAGGAAAAAGCCAGGUCUAAAGCCUGUGAGUGACCUGCGGCAGGAUCUCCGAGACGGCGUGGUCCUCACACACCUUAUUGAGAUAGUGGCUGGCGAGCUCCUUGAGGGUAUUCACUAUUCACCAAAGGACAACCAAGAGAAGAGAGAAAAUGUGGAGAAGGUUUUGCAGUUUGUGUCCUCUAAGCGGAUACGCAUGCCCCAGACGUCUGCCAGAGACAUCGUGGACGGGAACCUCAAAUCUGCCAUGAGGCUCAUCCUGGCUCUAGCAGCACAUUUUAAGCCGUCUGCCUCAGCCAAUCACAGAGCAGGUGCAGCUUUGGGUAGAAACUCGACCAGCUCCUCAGCCAAUCACAGACCUCAUUCUACUAUGGCCAUGGCCCAGAAUGCAGCAGCGGCUUUAGCCGCUGCUCGAAAUGAUGCGUCUCGCUCAGGGCGGAGCGUUCAGCAGCUCAGACAGGACUGGCACAGGCGAGGCUCCAGUGCUGAUGAGGAGAUUGAGAACCCAUGCUGGAGUGUGCGGGCUUUGGUCCAGCAGUAUGAGGGAGGAAACGGUGUGGAUGAAACAGAGACCGGAGACCCAAGCUUAAGCUCCUCCAGUCCCAACCACACACCCAAAGAGCUCACCAGCCUCUCAGUGGACAAGGGACAGCUUUUGAGCAUCCAAUUAGGACACGCCAAAGAUAACAUGACAAGUGGCCCAGGAGCAGGCCAAGAGCAUGACGGGAAGUGUGUGAGUAACUUUGCCUGGGAGGACCAACUGUGGGAGCAGCAGGAGCAGUUAGAGAGAGAGAUGGUGGAGGCCAAGAGGAUGGUGUCCAGUCUACAGGCUUUGCUUCUCCACGGCUCUUUGCCGGAUGAUGAGCAGGAGGUUUCACUGAGCUUCGGAGAGGGAGUGGAAAAUGCUGAGCAACAACUGGUAAUACUGCGCAGUCGUCUUGACCAGAGUAUGGAGGAGAGUCUGGAGCUAAAGAAGGAGCUGUUGAGAUUCAAGCAGGAGGCUCGUAACCUACAAGGAGUUAAAGAUGCGCUUCAGCAGCGCAUGACCGUACAGGAGUCGGCUGUGCUGCAGCUCAAACAAGAGCUCCUGCGCACCAGCAUGAACCGCGAUGAACUAGCAGGACAAAACGAAGAGCUUCAUAAGAAACUUGAAGAGAGGAACAAGCUUUUAAGUGAAUAUAAGAAAGAGUUAGGACUGAAGGAUCGUCUGCUUCAGCAGCAGCAGUUCAAACUGGAUGAAGCUCUACGCAAGCUGACAGAAAGCAGCAGCCAACAAUCUGACCUGCAGAGGGAGCUGGAAUACAAGCAGAGGAUUCUUCAGGAGCUGAAUGAUCGUGAUGAGGAUGAGCUUCCUGGAUCUCCAAGCAGCAGCUACAAAAAUUCAGCAGCCCCAGAGCUCAGUACGGCACGAUCAUACAAAGGAACGGAGGAGCUACAGUUGGUGCGGGAUUCCCUGCGGAGUCUGAGGAACAGCUUUGGAGGCCAUGACCCCCAACACCACACACUGGACACACUGGAGCAGGGCAUGGCCAGCCUUAUGGACCGCCUAUACACACUGGAGUCACAGACCAGACAGCAAAAGAAGGCAAGGGCGAGGUCUCCAGGACACAAGGCCACUCAUUCAGACAGGGAUUCCUUGCCUUCUAGUACAAAAAUGGUCCACUCUCACAGCAGCCCCAUGCUUAAUUCCUCGUCUUUCACCAAAGUACUCUACUUCACAGACCGUUCGCUCACACCCUUCAUGAUCAAUAUCCCUAAGAGGUUGGGAGAAAUUACCCUUCGAGACUUUAAAGUGGCUAUAGAUCGAGAGGGCAGUUACCGGUACCAUUUCAAAGCUCUGGACCCUGAAUUUGGCACUGUGAAAGAGGAGGUGUUCAAGGAUGAGGCGGUGGUGCCUGGCUGGGAGGGCAAGAUCGUGGCGUGGGUGGAGGAGGAUCAUGGAGAGGGGAGGAUUUAACAGGAAGCCAAGAAAAUCCCCGCUGGGAUCAGAUGUGGUCGGAAGGACGAACCGUGCCAAUCUGUCAGAACAAUUGCGCUUGUGCUGGAUGUACAGAUGUUCAGAUCCCUCAAUCGGAAUUCUAAAAUCCUCCUGUUUUGUGUACCUCUGUACCUCUGUCUGUCAUUCUGUGAGUCUAGUAAAAGCAGGACAACAGAAGAGACACGCGGGGGUUAAUUAGAUGAGCAGAACGUGUUCCUGUUCAUCCUGUUCUCAAAACAGCUGUCUACAGAAAACCAGGCUCCUAGCCAACGAAUAAUCCGCGGAGCUUUUCUUUAAGGAGUUGCCAUGCUGCAGACGCCUGUAGUGUCAAAUUAAUGUUUCACUGUGACUGUAAGAAUUCUGUCUAGACUUUAAAAGAACGUCUCGUCUCGUCUCGUCUCGCGUCUUAUAUUUUAUAGAUGAACAACCAGAGAUUUGAUACUUUUUUUUUUCUUCUUCUUUUUGCAGUAGGAAAACGGUUUAUGAGCGGGUACGUGUGUAUUAUUAUGCCACGAAGAAUAAGUGAACAUAGAGAUGUAUACUGUACUACUACAUGGGUUUGUGUAGUUUUCCUGCCUUAAAUUGACAGAUGUUUGAAUCUAAACACAAUUCACGUUAUCGAGCUAAGAUUAUUGAUAUCUUUUGGCACUGUAGUAACAAGCUAAAGUGUUAAAUACACCAGCUGCCUACAGCGUAAAUCUCUGAAGGAAUUUUUCCUCCAUUAUGAUGUCAGCUAAACUGACCGAGUUAGAAGAUGUGUGAAGUUAAAGAUGUACGCUGCCUUCAGUGAAGGCCAGGCCCAUACCAGCGAUUUAACAAACUUAUCCUUUUUUCACCUUCUUUGUUAGUGAACUUUGUGAACUUUUCAUUUUCUCGACCAUUAUUAUUAUUAUUAGCAUUAUUUUAUUAUUAUUAUUUUUUU